GUCCCCAGAGCUGCAGAGCCGGCCCUGCUGCCCAGCUCCUCAUGGAGGGUGAUUUGGGGUCCCCCAACGCCAGCGUGCUGGGGGAGCGCUCGCUGCUGGUGGGCAGCAGCUGGCUGGCUGCCUUCCUUUGCUUCAUCAUCCUGCUGACCACGGCGGGGAACUUCCUCCUCAUCCUCCUCAUCGUCACCCAGCGCUCCCUCCGCAACACCUCCAACUACUUCCUGGUGUCCCUCUUCAUGUCCGACCUGAUGGUGGGGCUGGUGGUCAUGCCCCCAGCCAUGCUCAACCAGCUCUACGGGCGCUGGGUGCUGCGGGGUGACUUCUGCUCGCUCUGGUACGCCUUUGACGUCAUGUGCUGCAGCGCCUCCAUCCUCAACCUCUGCAUCAUCAGCUUGGACCGCUACCUGCUCAUCAUCUCCCCCCUCAAAUACAAGCUGCGGAUGACCUCCUGCCGGGCCCUCUGGCUCAUCCUGGCCGCCUGGACCUUGGCCGCGCUGGCCUCCUUCCUGCCUAUCAAGAUGGGCUGGCAUAAGCUGGAGUUUGAGGUCCGGUCCCCGAAUAUCACCUCCCAGGGGGAUGAGGACCAGUGCCGGCUAGUGGUCAGCUUGCCCUACGCCCUGGUGGCCUCCUGCCUGACUUUCUUCCUGCCCUCCGCUGCCAUCUCCUUCACCUACUGCCGCAUCCUCCUGGCAGCCCGCAAGCAAGCCGUGCAGGUGGCUUCCCUCACCUCCAACGUGGCCACCGCCACCACCGACGAGGUCACGGCACAGGGUCCCCGCGCCCCCAGCCAGCCCCCGGCCGGCAGCGAGAGCAGGAGGUUCGCCAGCAAGCACAGCAAGAAGGCGCUGAAGGCGAGUCUGACGCUGGGCAUCCUCUUGGGCAUGUUCUUCGUGGCCUGGCUCCCCUUCUUCAUCACCAACGUGACACAGGUAUGCACACGUUUUGUUGGUUUUUUAACCAGGAAGAGCUGUUUUUCAAAAGCAUUUCACAGCCGGGCUCGAGGUUCAGCUGCCUGCAGAUCCUGCCAGAAAGCUGCAGUUUCGUCGGGGAGAAAAACCCUUCAAAAGCAAGGAAAAAUGUUGGUGUACCUGGGAAAUGCUCAGGGUCCGGGAGACGCCGCUAAUUCUUGCCGUGUCUCCCCGCCAGGCAGUGUGCGAGUGCAUCCCGGCCGGCUUCUUCGACGUGCUCACCUGGCUGGGGUACUGCAACAGCACCGUGAACCCCAUCAUCUACCCGCUCUUCAUGAGGGACUUCAAGAGAGCCAUGGGCAAAUACCUGCCCUGCUGCCGGCGCUCGGGGCAGCCCCGGCCCAGCGCCAUCUCCCUCUCCAUGAGGAACUCCAACAGCGGGCCCCGCGUGGCCACGUCCCUCAAGAACGUCCUCACCUUGCAGGCCGACACCGACUCCGUCGACUCUGGGGCACCGGUGGACGAACACAGCCUGCCGCCGCUGGCCGCCGACGCUGCCCAGGCUCUCCUGGCCCCCGGAGUCCGCUUGAUCAAUAUUUUUGACACGGAGCCCCGCGAAGAGGAGCUGCAGCACCGGCAGCUCGGCACGCCGGUGGCCUGAGAGGCCGUCCGUGGGGCUGCAGAUGGGGGCGGCGCGGUUUCAGAGGCCGGUGUCCCAGGCAGGAUUGCCCCGGCACGACGCAAACCCUCCGGGAGGGCAACCGCAAGGCGCUUCCCUGCCCGCACUGAGCUCCUCGAUACCCUCUUCAAUGAAACUCGCAUCUCCUUGGGGCUGUUGCUGACCACUUCUGCGGGUAGGUUUAAAGAGCGCAAAGCCACGUUUUACUGCUGAAUUAAUCUGCCUUGUUUCUCUCUCUUUCUGUCCCUUGUUUACUCACCAAUUCCUCACCCUUCUCCACGAGCUGCUUCUCACGGCCUUUUCACAGCCCGUUGAUCGGAACCUCGCACCCUUUUGCCAGUAUGUCUCCCCGCACUUCAGCCAAGGGCAGGUUUUUCAGCUUCCACUCAUACAGCUCAGUAUAGCCUCUCUAACUCAUGCACUAGGUGCACCAAGGGAAGAGGAAACACAUCCUGUGACUCACGGGCAACAGGUUUGGGGCUGCUUCAGUCCACAGAACAUCACGUCUGCUUGGAGUUUAAUUCUCUCGCCCGAUUUGGACUGUAUCUGUCAGAGUUUCCUGUGAAAGCAGUGAGCUGCAGCAUGCUGAAACCAUCCUAUUUAAUCAUGAACAGCCUGCGCUACAGGGGAUUAAAUCUGAUGCAAAAUGUUCAGCACUGCCUUUUGGAUAUUCCACAAGGGUGUGGGUGUUCGACUUGUUUGUGGCUCUCUGGAUAUCCUGACAGUAGUAAGUAAGGAAAUCAGCUUCCCUUAUGCUUUCAUCCUACAGCUUCCUAUUUUUGGCACGACCGUCGUACUUUGCUCUUGACAAUCCACGAGUUUUAAGAUGAUGCAAUUAGAAAAUAGACAUUUCUGUUCUUCAAAUCAGAAUAUCGACUUCCAAAUGAUAAUGCCACCCCCCUCAACCUUCCUCAGAGCCAUAAGCAGAGAGAAUAGUGAGCAGUAUGGCCAGCGGGCACUUUAAAAUAGCAGCAAAGAAUGCUUGCAGCUAAUUCUUCCUCAAGUGCCUUUCAGAUGCAGAAUCGGGUUGAUAGUUUGUUGCUGUGCCCUCCCUGAACUCCUGCCCUACUAGCCUUGCUUCAGAGCUCAUGUUUUGGUUGUGCUCCUGAAGCCCACAAUCACACAGACAAAUGAACACAACGCAGGGGGAAGAAGCUGCAUGACAGGCAAAGUCUCGUUAGUUUUCUUUCCACGUUGCCCACAUAUGUUCCAGAACUGAACAACAAGUGCUUCAAUAACUCACUUGACAUUUAUUUGCUACAAGCACACUUGCAACCGAUGGCUGGCCCUGUGGUCAACGAUAAAUGACCACGACAGGCAGAGGACUCAUCACAGGUUCAAGUAUCAAACUAUUUAAUAUGUUUUCUCCCUAUAUCUGUGGCCAGAUAUUUAGCUUGGUUUUGGUAUCAGGCAUGAAGAUGAAUGUGUUCAUCUGUCCACAAAUAGUUUUAUAUAAAAACAUAUGUGGGCUGUAACUCCAGUUAAACCAGAGUAGAAAAAGACACGAUGGACUCCCCAGUCCCUCAGGUAACGAAUUCAGCAGACACAGGCUUCAGGAGAUGAACAAAAAGAGCUUGCUGCCAGCACCCAGGAGCACCCUGUAACAAAGCUGUUCACAGACACAUUUCCUCCACGAGCAGAAGUUGUUCAGAAUUUCACUCAAUGACAAAUUCAGCUGCAUCUGGUGUUCUCAAAACUUCUUCAAGCCAAAUUUUAAAAAGCAGCAAUACCGUUCUCAUCGAGCUAGUUCUUUGUAGUAAGGUGUUUGCUUGUGGACAAAUCGUCUGAUCCGGUAGAGGAAUCGUGUCCCUUUCCUACAGCCCACACCAAAAGAGCUGACUGCGACGGGCAGUCCCUGAGGGAUCCCAAGACUUGCCUCCAACAGCCCCAGCCCAGCAACGUGCCCAUCGUGCGUCGGAAUCUGGAAGCUCUGAGCCCUCCUCGGUGGCGGGACUGGGGAAGAGGAAGAGCCAGGCACCAGACCCAAAGCACUGCCAGGUCGCGCUGCCGCCGUGCCGCACCCAGCAGCAGCUGCGUGUCAACUGCCCGAGAAACCUGAAGGUAAGGGUUGCGGAAAGCUCGGGAAAGAGAGGAGAGGUUGGUAUUAAACCAGCUGCUGCAGCAGGGAGAGGGAGGGCUCUGUGAACCAAAAUCAGAAGCUGCGAUUGCACUGUUUCCCCUCCCGUGAGUCAAUGAGGCCUUCCAGAUCUGGAGGUGGGGAAGUAUUUAUACACAACGGCACUUGUUUUAACCUAGAAAAAAACAAAGGUGUUCUCAGAAGGGGGUUUACCCUCGUGCCAUAUUCCUGCUAGGUUGCAUUUUCUUGGGCUGAGCAGCAAAAUAGGCCAGAAAAGGACCUUUUAGGGAAGAUGUGAUGGAAGACCAAUCCCAUAGUUUUGGAACUGUGCAUGGCAGGGGAUAUAAAGCUGCGUCACUCUGGUCUGAGACUGGGGGAGAAGAGGGUGGAUGCCAAUUUGCUUUAUGGAAGGAGGCAGAAAUCAAACAGAUUUAUGUUUAUCCUAUGCCAAGUAUUAGUUUUAUUUUAAGCCAAUUAAAAAUACAUCUAGAGGGGGCUUUUGAGGCUGGAGAUGUGUGUGGGACACAAAACAAAAGCCUCUGUGGGUUGCUGGCUUGCAAAGCCUGGGAUGAAGUUUCACAAAGUAAUAAAGCAUUAAAAGCCCACUCUUUCUCCUGCUGUCUUUCACCUAGGGACUCAAAGCAUGUUUCUAAUAGUAAUGAGGCCUCAAAUACUCAUCACCCUCAGCUUGCAGAUAGGGAAACACUCCCGUCGAUUGGAAAGUGCCCAAGCCAUGGCAGCAAACCUGCAGCAGGACGGGGAAGGAAGCCAGGUACCCUCAGCCUUUCACCUUCCUGGUUAGCAGAGCUGAAGCGCGGAUGCUGAGACACGCAGAGCUGGGCAGCCCGAUCCUGCAGCACACCUGGUCACCUGGAAACCAAAAUCCGAAUCAACCACUGCUGGAAAAUAUUUUUAAUGUCCUAGUUUGGAGCCCCUCUCCACAAUAUGCUUCAAGAUACCCGCAGAGCCACCUGCUUUCCCCAGAGUUAUGUACCAGAAAUACAGCCCCUAAUGGGGAGAGCUGCUUCCCUCAAGAAUAAAACCAGUUUGUGCAAGGAGGGGAAAGCCACCGCUUCCUCAAGAGCAACGAUGAUUCAGGCAGGAAUCAGCCCUUUCUCAUCUACGGGAGAUGUCGUGGGCAGCUGCUCCAAAAGCUUUGAUCCAGUGACACUCUCUGGGCCCUCAGAAGGGUCUGAAAAGUGCAGAUUCAGUUCUGCCAGCGCUACUGAUACUCCUUCGGGAAGAAACGGACAGUGCUUUCAGAGCGGUUUUCGUGCUGGCUGAACAUGCUGCCCAUCACAAAGAGCUCCAAUUCGCCUCCACACAGGCCAGCUAACGCGUGGGCUCGCUGACGGUUCUGCUGCCCCUCUCGUCCAGCCAGAGCAGCCCCGCAGCCACCCGCAGCCCGCACAGGGAGCCCAGCUGGUGCUGAGCACACAGCAUCCACGUGCCAUGGGGGGCACGGGCCCGAGGGAUGCCUCUGUGCAGCUGGCGCUGGACAAACUGCAUGAGGCAGCUGGCCUGCAGGGAGCAGAGGAAGGACUGGAGAUUCGGUUGGGAGGAGAGAGAGAGAGAGAGAG